GGAACAGUGACACGGGGAAGCCAUCUGGAGGAACAGGGGCUGGAGUCUCCUGCACCAAACCAGGAACUUCUUCAUGUGCAAAUUGCUCAGAUAUGAUCACAUUCUUUUUUUGGCUCAGCAUAUCCAGAGAGCAGCGUGGGCUAAUGGAAUACAAACGAGCCCAGGCAGUAUUUGUGAGCAGUAAUCCAGCUCCCUGGAGACUAGAUCACUUCCCUCUGCAAAAUCUGGAAAACUAUUAAGCGCCUGACUUUGGAAGAAGAAAGGAUUUUAAAAAACUAAACUGAACUAAACGGAAGAUACAAAAACUAGCAGAGGAAAAAAACGUGUGCCGGGUAACUUUUUCUGGUGGAGCAGUCGGAGUGGAUGAUUGUGAUGAGUGCGGAAACUGGAAUCUAACCAGCACAGCAGAGUUUCUUCAGGCAACAGUAAGCAACUGACAGCUCAGAGUGUCUUGGCUCAAGCAGAGAGGAUCCAAGCUGCCCCCUCCCCCAACUCCUUAUGGGGUUGGAAACAGAAUCAUGUUAUCUGAAACCUAAAGAUGUUGUGGCCAAGAUCUCAGUUUGUGAAGAUGUUCUGCUAUGACUGGGCAUUGUGUACAGACUUGUGGUUCUGACCGAGCCGCAAACACAUUAGGAGAAGGGGUUGUACACCACCCCAGUCCAGUUGUGGACCCAUUCUUCCAGUCACUCUGGGGAUCUGUUCUGCUGGGAAGUGACUAUGCAGCUUGGACUGCUGUGGGUAGUGGUGGUUUUUCUAAGCUUGGUGGAUCUUGGAGAUGGCAGCAGCAGCAGCAGCAGCAGGAAGACCCUGAAGGGGAAGAGGCAAAGGCGAAUCAGCAUAGAGAUGAGCCACGGCUGUGCAAAAGGCUGUGACCUGUGCUCCGAAUUCAAUGGGUGUCUCAAAUGUUCACCCAAACUUUUCAUCCUUCUGGAGCGGAAUGACAUUCGCCAGAUUGGCAUCUGCUUGCCAUCUUGUCCGCCAGGCUACUUUGAUGUGAGGAAUCCAGACAUGAACAAGUGCACGAAGUGCAAAAUUGACAACUGUGAGGACUGUUUCAGCAGAAACUUUUGCACAAAGUGUAAGGAAGACUUGUAUUUGCACAAAGGAAGAUGUUAUGCAACCUGCCCUGAAGGUUACUCUGCUGCCAAUGGCACUAUGGAGUGCAGCAGUCCUGCACAAUGUGAAAUGGACGAGUGGGGUCCAUGGGGGCCCUGCUCCAAGAAAAGAAAGCUGUGCGGCUUCCGGAGAGGCAACAAGGAGCGCUCUCGGAAGAUCCUGCAAGGGCCUUCCACUGGGGAUGUCUCCGUGUGUCCAGCCACUGCAGAGCUCCGAAGAUGCACAGUGCAGAGGAACCAGUGCCCGGAAGUUGUAGGACGGAAAAAGAAAAAGGACAAACCAGGAAAGCGAGACAAUGUGAAUGAGGACAGAAACCGGCAAGAUGCCAAUGUCUGCCAGCCUGACAUGAAGAGGAGAAAAGACCAGUCGAGGGGAACAGCUUUGCCUUUAGCCUCUACUCACACAUCCACAGAUGCGUGAUGACAAAUCUCCAUUGCUGCUAUGUAUAUGAAAGCGUUAUUGAACCGAGAUGCUGCACCACAACAACUUAAGAUGUGGCUGGAGAGACAGAAAAAUUCUUCUAGGACAAAACUUGCAAAAAUGCAGGCCCAUAAUGCAUCUGAAACAUGGGGAUUAUUUGGAAGAAUAGCAAGGGACUCUCAACAAGGCACUACAAGUGCCCUGGACUUUAUGUUGGAAAAAUGAUGGGGAAGAAACCUUGUGCUGAGCAAACAUCUCCAGCCAGUGCAAAGGACAAGACUAGAAUUAGUUUGCUCAAAAUCUGCAAAUGCACAAAGGAUACUUUCAAGUCCUUUCUAUUGCAUUUCAACCUGUAUCACUGAGAAUAUCUGUGAUGUGUGAAAUGUCUGUGAUGACCUUCCAGAGGUGUUUGCCCUGAAAUUGCUUCAAAAUUCCAGAUUAAAACAGAAACACUCCAAUUCUUAUGUGCAUACAUCUUCUUCUAAGUAAUAACUCCAAAAAGGGUAUUCACAUGCUUCAGGGAGAGGCUAAAGUGGUAAUCAAGGGUCUGAAUUUGAUAUCUUAUGAGAACCUGAAAGGCUGAAAGAACUGUGCUCAGUGGCACAGACCUCAUCAAAGCUCUUCAGGGCAACAGCAGAAUGAUCAUGCUCACCACCUUUGACACAUUGACUGUCACAAUCAUCAUCAUCAUGAUGAAAUUAAUCCUUUAACUGUUUAACUGAAGGAUUAAAUUAAUUUUCUAUCCCACCCUUCUUCCCAAAAGGAGCCCAGGAUGGCAAUCUGGCUGUGGAAGUAUUCCAGAAAUCAUUCAUAUUCAAAGAAGAAUAAGAAACCCUCUGAAUGGUUGACGGACCACAGAGACGAAAGGGCUGCUCCCGAACAAAAACAGUCUGCUGGUGAUAGCAGGCAGGGCAGGGAGGCAGACAAUGGAGCCAGUGGAAAAGCAAGAUGGGGGGCAGUGGCUGCAUCCUCUCUUGUUGCUUUGGACUACUUCAGAACGUACAGGCAUGAUCUCUGGGCAGCCCGAGAGACUAGGCAGAGAUGCUCAUGAUCAACACGGGGAUCCACAUGUGAGAUCCUAAUGUAAGAAUGCUCAGGAAUUAUACCACAGUAGAUCCUUCCUUCCUCCACAGACAAUGGGCCAUUUAUAUAGUACUCGACCAAUUCAGCUUUGUAAAGCCCAUAAAAGUUAUUAGUCUGCAAAAACAAAAACCCAACCCUAAAAAAACCCUUGUAGCUUUGUCAGGAGAUGAGUAGUCUGCUUUUCCACGUUGCCUGAGGAAGAAGGAACCCUCUCCUCCAUGGACACAGGCUACUAGCCGAAGAACGUAACAGCAGCCCUGCUGAUCAGGCCAAGGGCCCAUCUAGUCCAUCAACUGUUCUCACAGUGGCUGACCAGAUACCUCUUCUAGGAGGCCGGCAAGUAGGACCUGAGGGCAAUAAACCCUCUUCCUACUUGUGCUUCUGGUAUUAAUGCAACUGGCAUUUUGGCAGA